UUGGGUCAAGAAAGUAACAAGCACGAAGCUGGGCGACUUCUUCUGCUGUGCGCUGCCGGUGCCCUAGAGAGGAACAUCCGUGGAACGGUGGUGGUAACUGGAAGAUGAUUGCGGAAGAUUUCAGAGACUGAUCAGGUUGGAAACUUGCAUUAGUUGACCAUUGAGGGUGUUGUUAAGGUAAUGGGAGAGCAUAAUUGUUGAAGCUAGUGUGUGCCUAUGUAUUCAAAACGGACUGGGCAAAUGGAUGAGCCUGGUUCUGGGCCCAUACGCACAAGUGAUCGGCUUAGGAGAAGGCCAAAAGUGUAUGGUCGUACAUACUUAUAUAACUAUUAUUCUCCAAAAAUUAUUCGUCCUAGGAAAACCAAAACUAAGACAAGGACAGCAGCUUCUCGGAUUGCACAGUUAUUGCGUCCAGGGAAUCGGCCAGUGCGGAGCUCAAAUGCUAAUAAUUCAGCUUCAACCAACCUUCGGCGUUCCACCAGAAAGAGGAGGAUUAACACUAAUCUUGAAGAUUACACUGAUAGUUCUGGAUCAGAUGACGAAGACCUAAUGAGACCCACACACCGACAUAUGCGGAACCGGUUGGGGAAUAAUACAAGCCAAGAUGAGUUAUUGUCUCCCAAGCGUAAAAAAAUUGUGGAGACUAGACCAACACCUCGGCGUGAAGGGCUACGACCACGUCGCUCAACAACAGUUGCUAGGGUAAGAUUGAAUUUGGAAUCUGGGGAUGAACAAGAUAUUUUAGAAGAGAAGGUUGGUCAUGAUGAAACUGAAAAUGGAAACGAUGAUAUCGAUGAAAACGAUGUGGAUGAUGACCAGAAUGAGAUUGAUGGUGAGGCAGAAGAUGAUGAUGAGGAUGAGGAAGAUGAUGAAGACAUUGAAGAAGAGCAGGAUGGUAGGAGGCGAUAUGAUCUCCGGAAUCGUGCGGAGGUUCGUAGUCUCUCGGCAGAAGAAGGCAAGCAAAGGCCACGAUCUCCUCGACAAGUGUUGCAGCAGGGAAUAGGGACCAAGGUGAGCGGUUCAGUAAGAAAGGGUGGAUCACGGGUCCAUAAGCGUCAUCGUUUUUCAAGAGUUGAAGAAUCUGAUGACUCCCUUCUCGUGGAUGAGCUAGACCGGGGCCCUGCAAUUCCCUGGGGCCGAGGUGGCAGCAGACCAGGACCACCGUGGCUCUUUGGUGGGCUAGAUAUGCAUGGGACAACUGCAUUGGGCUUAAAUGUUGCUGCCUCUGGAUGGGGUCAUCAGGGUGAUACUCUUGGUACAUUAACUUCUGGGGUUCAAACUGCUGGGCCUAGCUCAAAGGGAGGAGCUGAUAUUCAACCUUUACAGGUUGACGAGACUGUAAGUUUUGAUGACAUAGGUGGGCUCUCAGAAUAUAUUGACGCUUUGAAGGAAAUGGUUUUCUUCCCCUUAUUAUAUCCUGAUUUUUUUGAGAGUUAUCACAUCACCCCACCAAGGGGAGUGUUGUUAUGUGGUCCUCCAGGUACUGGUAAAACUUUGAUUGCCAGAGCAUUAGCGUGUGCUGCUUCAAAGGCUGGCCAAAAAGUCAGCUUUUACAUGCGUAAGGGUGCUGAUGUUCUAAGCAAAUGGGUUGGUGAGGCUGAAAGACAAUUGAAACUGCUUUUCGAGGAAGCACAAAGGAAUCAGCCGUCCAUCAUAUUCUUUGAUGAAAUAGAUGGUCUUGCUCCUGUGCGAUCUAGCAAACAAGAACAGAUUCAUAAUUCCAUUGUGUCCACUUUGCUUGCCUUGAUGGAUGGUCUUGAUUCGCGUGGGCAAGUUGUCUUGAUUGGAGCAACCAAUCGGAUUGAUGCCAUCGAUGGAGCCUUACGUCGUCCUGGUCGAUUUGAUCGUGAAUUCAAUUUUCCUUUACCAGGUUGCAAGGCCCGUGCUGAGAUAUUGGACAUUCACACUCGCAAAUGGAAGCAGCCUCCUACUGGAGAACUGAAAUUGGAACUUGCAGCUAGUUGUGUUGGAUAUUGUGGUGCUGAUUUGAAGGCUUUGUGCACUGAAGCUGCUAUUCGUGCUUUCCGUGAAAAAUAUCCUCAAGUUUACACAAGUGACGACAAGUUUCUGAUAGAUGUUGAUUCAGUUAAGGUUGAUAAAUAUCACUUCAUAGAAGCCAUGUCUACAAUCACUCCUGCUGCUCACAGGGGCUCCAUUGUACACUCCAGACCAUUGUCAUUAGUAGUUGCACCAUGUCUUCAGCGACAUCUCCGAAAAGCCAUGAACUAUAUAUCUGAUAUCUUUCCUCCACUGUCAUCUGAGCUGACAAAGCUUUCCAUGUUGUCGUAUGGGUCUGCAGUUCCUCUUGUGUACAGGCCUCGGCUUUUGCUGUGCGGAAGUGAAGGCUGUGGGCUGGAUCAUCUUGGACCUGCAAUUUUACAUCAACUGGAAAAAUUUCCUGUCUACUCACUUGGACUGCCAUCACUUCUUUCUGAUCCAAGUGCAAAGACACCUGAGGAGGCGUUAGUGCACAUAUUUGGUGAAGCAAGGAGGACAACUCCGUCAAUACUUUACAUUUCUCAAUUCAACCUUUGGUGGGAUAAUGCAGAUGAGCAGCUCAGGGCUGUUCUACGGACUUUGCUCGAAGAAUUGCCAUCUGACUUGCCCAUAUUAUUUAUUGGAACAUCCUUAGUUCCACUUGCUGAAAUUGAAGGGGCACCAUUUUCAGUGUUUACACUCCAAUCUGUAUGUCAGGUUGAUGACCCAUCGAUAGAAGAUAGAUCAUUGUUUUUCGAUCGUUUAAUUGAAGCUGCUUUGUCUGUUUCUUUGGAGAGUGUGACCAAAAGAUCCCAGGAUGUGCAAUCCCCACAUGAACUUCCCAAGGCUCCAAAAGUGGCAAGUGGCCCCAAGGCCUCAGAGUUAAAAACCAAGGUGGAAGCUGAGCAGCACGCUCUUCGUCGAUUGCGGAUGUGCCUCAGAGAUAUUUGCAACCGGAUAUUGUAUGAUAAACGGUUUAGCGCCUUUCAUUAUCCAGUCACUGAUGAGGAUGCUCCCAACUAUCGCUCAAUAAUCCAGAAUCCUAUGGACAUGGCCACUCUGUUGCAGCAUGUUGACUCUGGCCAGUACAUUACAAGUACAGCAUUCCUGCAAGAUCUCGAUCUCAUUGUGACCAAUGCAAAGGUUUAUAAUGGAGAUGAUUAUAACGGUGCCAGGAUAGUUAGUAGAGCUUACGAGCUUCGUGAUGCUGUGCAUGGUAUGCUUUCACAAAUGGAUCCUACACUAGUUGCCUAUUGUGACAAAAUAGCUGCCCAAGGGGGUCCAGCGCAUAUUCCCGAUGAUAUAGGGGGGUAUAUUUUUCCAUCAACUCCAGUUGCACAGUUGGGAGCUGUUACUAGAGCGAGUGCCCGACUUCGUAAUGUCCCACCUGAGGUUAAUCUGAACCAAAGUUAUGAGGCUCUGAAAAGACCAAAGAAGAAUGCUGAUGUUGUCCAUGCAGCAGCUUCGAGUGCGGAAGCCAAAUCACAAUAUCAAGAUUCAACGCAACCAAUGCAAACUGAAGAAGUUGAGAUAAAUGAGAAAAUUCUUGAAAGGCCCGAACCCUCCUUUGUUGAGGGUAGCCCACGCGAAACUCCUGGAGAGGAGGCUACUGCUGAUGCUGGUGAGAGUAGAUCUGAAGAUGUUGCGAUGUCAGACGGUGAGAUUUCAAGUCAAGUGGAGUCUGUCAAGCAGCUGUUUGUGAAAUGCACUGAAAACUACUGUAUUCCUCAGCUUGAAAGGCUCUAUACUCGUAUUAUGAAGGGUGUUUUUGUAGCUAAAGGAGUAGAAGACAAUACCAAGCACUCAAUUUUGAGGUUUUUAUUCAAAUUUGCUGAAGACGAGGCAAACUUUUCAUGCUGAUACCUUUUUUCCCCUGAGAAAAAAAUUGAAAAAAAGAAGGUAGUUUAGUUGAUGUAAAUUCGGGAUUUUUCUUUCUAUGCAAAAUUGAGUGAGCAAUUUCUGUCCAGCCUAUGUGUACAAUUCAAAGCAUAUGUAUACAUAACAUAGGCUCAUCAAGCUGGCAUGUCUUAACAUGGAUUUAGCUUGUACAUCAA